AUGCUAGGGAAGCUCUUCAACCUAAGCGCCGGCGGCGGCACGUCGGCUCAGGUUCAGGCACAGGCCUCGUCCUACUCUUACCCUGGAAAGCAGGUGUCCUCUCUUGAGUCGGUCCAGGAGGACAUCCACACCCGUUGCCUCCUCUUCCCCGACGCCCAGGCCCUCUACCAACAGCAUGGAAACGACCAGGUGUUCCCUAUGUCGAGCGCGUCGGCGCUGUCCACACCCACCAACAACCCCUUUGACCUCAACGGAGAUAUCGAGCUGGAAGGGCGCGAUGUGCGCGUGGUCAUCAUGCAGGACACGUCCAGCUCCUCGCCGGCCUCCCUGCUUUACGACAGCCAGCCUCUGCCCGUGUCUCAGACAUCUUCACCCACCACACCCGCUGGUGACCGUCCCACAACCCAGCAGCCGCCUCUACCGCCUCAGCGCAGGACCAGCGCCGGAGGACAACCCUCUUCUUCUCGCCCCCUCUCCAUCACACAACACCCUCCUGGGAGCCCCCAGCAGCGGCAGAGCGCCUUCGACAGGCGGUCCUCCAUCCAUGGUAGAACACAGAGCAGGGCCGAGACCGAGUCGCAGAGGGCCGCCAGAGAGUACAAGCAGGAGAUCGACACGUUUGCCGGCUGCAUCUUUGGGAAUAACGAGUUCCUCGCCUACAAGGGCACCUCCACCAAGGUUCACGUCGUCCCUUCGGACCUGCGCCUGAGUGACGGAGGAUCUAGCUUUGCUGCGGAUGGUGGGAGGGGUUCGUUGGGUAGAUCAGCAGCGAGGGCGAGUAAGCUGUCGCAGUCUUUCUCGUCUGAGACCAUGAUGCCCUCCUUCGACCAGGCCGGCGUCUCGUCCCCUCAUGCACACUCUCGACCCUUGGACAGAAAGAGGGUUCUCAUUACGAGACUUUUCCCCGUCAACCUCCCCACAGACGACAACCCCAUGAGCUCACCGCGGGGCCACUUUAGCGAGGACAGCUCCGAAUUUCCGUUUCCCCCUCUUCAUGCAGGUGGUGACGACGGCAUCAGCAGUGGCAGGAGCAAGGCGAAGAAGCCCCAGCUCAAGCAGAAGAGGACGCCCAUGUACGCCGUGGCCCUCAUCGUCAGCCUCCCUCCAGGGUCGCCGCCCAGCGCGGUGCCGCCUUUGAGCGCCUCGAGGUCGACAUUCCGGGGCUCGAGCUCCUACACCGACCAGCAGGACUCAUUCCCGUCCUCUUACAGCUCGACGAGGCGGUCAGGCUGGGGAGGUGGUGGCGGUGCUGCUGCUGCUACUCCCGGCGGUCCUAUGUUUGGUGGUUUCGACGCCUUCGACUCUGGCUUCAGCCUGGACGCCGAGGAGCGUAUCGACACCAUCACGCGGCACUGGGACAUCAUCAUGCGCACGCUCACUUCGCUGCAGUCUGUGGCGGCCACCCAGAUCUUCUCGCUGCUCAGGCAGGCCGACAUGUCGUCACCGGACCCUCGUCCCACCAUCACUACCACCGCCAACAACAACAACAACCACACAGCUGCCGUUCGCGCCUCAAGGGCCUCAUCCAACGCGGCCCAGAAACCCCCCAAGACCAACACCAAGUUCGUCUCCCUCCUCCCCAACUGCCUGGCCGACGACGUCCAGAUCAGGAUCGAGGUCGACAGCGCCAGGGUCCGCAUCGUCUCGGGCCUGAAGGCUACCAGGGUGGUCACGGGCCAGAAUCGCUGGGGAAUCUGGCGAGAGGAGGCCCGCUGGGUUGAGAGAUGGGCUGGUGGUCGUGACCAGGGCUUUUUCUUCUUCAACCUGCUCACGGGCUUCCUGUCGGUCCAUACCGACUGGCUGCAGGCCCUGAGCCCGUCCAAGUACCGGAGGCAGUUCUCCAUGCUGCAGAAGCUGCGCGGCGGGGACGACGACCUAUCACUGCCGGCGCGCACCGUCAUUGUCGGCCAGGACAGGGUCGCUGCGAGGAGGCUGAUCUUUCUGCUCUCCGCGUUCCUCCCUGCCAACCUGCAGCUCCCAACCUCUGCCGUCGCCUCCGCCGCCACCAGCAGCAGCAGGACCCACCAGCACCCGCACCAGCAGAGACCCAGCACAUCUGCCUCGUGGGGCACAUUCUCCCAGUCACCACCGUCGUUUAUUGUGCCUCUUACCAAGGAGGAGUCGCUGCGGCGCAAGAUCAACCGCAGAGGAGGCGGCGGCAGCGGCACGUCCAGGCAUGCCUCACAUUCGCGCAACGCGUCGAGCAUAUACACUACGACCUCCAGCAAGAGCUCGGUGCCGGCACAGCUGGCCCACCUGAGCAUAGACAGUCCCCGCGAGCGGAGGGCGUCCGACGCCAUGUCUAUCAGGACCACCAACUUGCCCAUCCUGGCUGCCGACCUGGACAACAGGAAGAUCAGCGCCGCCACCAUUGUCCCGGAGAACAGCGUUGCUCACUUUGCCCUGUCUGGCAGGCAUGGAGGGGGUGCUGGUGGCAGCGGUAGUGGUGGUAGCACCACCGCGACCGACGACCUAAAGCGGUCACUGCAGCGAGGGGACAGCAUAGGCAGCUCGGACACACAGUCGAGCUCGCGCUGGGGCAGCGUCAUCAGCGGUCUCUGGGGCAGCACGACGAGACGGCGUGACUCGGCCAUGACCACGCCGCCGCAAUCUCUGAAUCCUCGUGAGCACGGCAGUAAUAACAAUACCAGCAGAGCUCAACAAACCCGCAAGACAGAUGGGCCCAGAAAACAACAGGAUAGCGUGCCCGAGACACCGCGGAGGAGUCAGGAUGGAGGACAGAACCGGCAGCAACAACAACAGCAGCAAGACAAUCCGGAACCGUCAAGAGUACCGCCCAUCCCUGUGGAGAGAAAGGUGGACCCGAAUAGCGCAUUCGACUCGCCUGUCAAGACGACGAUCAACGAGGAAGAUGGAGUGAUUGACGUCGACGUCCCCUUUCCCGACUUCAUCGCAUCCUUCGAGACAGCCGUGAGCUCACCGUCCAGCAGCGGCUACCUGUCCACGCCCGGACUCAGCGGCCUAGAGCUGUUCGAGCAGGCCUGCCGCGUGACCAUCGACGGCGACGUGCCACAGAAUGUUGCUGGCUGGCUCCAGCGGUACCACCCUGAUUUCAUCCUCCAGGCCAUCCCUCCUCAGGCCGACGACCUCCUCGAACAGAUCAGGGCAUCCCUCAAAGCAGAGCCUACCCCCCUGCUGUCCAUGACAUCGACCAUGACGGGCGGCGCGGCCACCCCUUUCUCAGACACACCCCGAGGAGGGGAGCGCUGGGUUGACGUCAGCUCCGCCCUCAUCGCCGACAGCACCAACUUUACCAUCCGGCGCAUCCGCUACCGGCGCCUGGUCAAGUUCAAGACGGCGGCGGGGGGCCCUUCUGGUGGCGACAAGGCCACCCCGCUCCUGUCCUCAUCUGUCAACACGAUGAGCUCUGCCGUGCUGACGCCCAUGGUAUCGCCGUACGAGCAGCACCUACAGGACGAGUUCAUCGAGGACCCUAUUGUGGCCCUUGACGACACGCUCAUCGAGGCCGUGGAAAGGGUGACUGCUGGCAGCGGUGACCUGAGCAAGGAGAGCUCGCAGUCCUCGUCAAGGUCGCCGAGCAAGCGUCGUGAGAGCAUCGGCGACGCCCUGGUCGCAAUGACUAGUAGUGCUACUGCUUCACGCGGACCCCUUCACCAGGAAGUGCCGAGAGGCGAGUGCAAAGCCGUUGUGCUGUCUGCGCUGGAGCACAUUGCCAAGGAUGUGGUACAGCGCCGGGAC